CUCUCAGCCGUUACAAUUUCACAGGAAGUUGAUAAGAAGAGAGAACGAACGUGAACAGCUGCAAUCCUAACAUGUCUCGGGCGGGCAGAAUCUUCAGCAGCAGCAGCAGCAUGAGAUGAGAUCCAUCGCAGUCAGUCUUACUUCACGAACAUGCUUCAUGUAUUAGCUUUGCCCCCCUCACAACCUCACCUUCUCUCCUGCUUCCCGUCGAAACCUCACUGUUUUCUUCUUCCCUGCCGUGCCAAGGCAAACUAUUGCUCCGUAAGACCACAACCCAAUCGCAGGAGCUGGUGCAGAUGUCAAUCUGGCGAGCCUGUUCUUGCUUACCCUUUCCGGUCCUUCCCACAGCCGAGUCACUGGAGGAGUUGUGCGGGUCGGAGGAGGUCUCCCUCUUUCCAUUUGAAAGCGAGCCGCAGGGAAUCUCCCUACGAGGUAUUGGGCGUCUCACCCUCUGCCACCGCAGAUGAAAUCAAGAGGGCUUAUCGGAAACUCGCCCUCAAGUACCACCCCGAUGUCAACAAGGAGGCUAAUGCACAGGAGAAGUUCAUGAAAAUAAAACAUGCAUACAAUACACUGCUUAAUUCCAGCGCCUACGGAGGAAAUCGAACAUCUGGGUUCUCUUACUCUACUGCUGAAAGAAAUCAAAGCAGAGAAACUCAAGAAGAGGAUUUCUAUGGAUUUGGUAACUUUUUGAGGGAUGUCCAAAUAACAAUAGAGGACUUCGUCAGAGAUUUACAGGAAGAAUUCCGUAAUUGGGAAGCUACUGCUUCUUCACAAGGGAAACCGAAGAGCCUGUGGGAGGAAUUGGCGGAAAUUGGUGAAGAAUUCGUGGAAUUUCUAGAGAAGGAGCUCAACAUAACCGACUCCGAUGCUGAAUCCAACAGCGAUGAUGAUGGACAACAAAGGGGUGAUCCUUUCCAAAGUUCUGGCAGUUCUAAGGGGACUGGAGAUAGUAGUCGAAACGAAGCCGCCGGAGGGAGCAGCAUCGAGGAUAACAUUGAUGAGAUCGAAGCCACCCUUGCUCAGCUGAAAAAGGAACUUGGCUUGUGACAGGAGGAGAACAGUAUGUAAAUUAUAAUUUUUCAGAUGUGUACAGAUGUAUACGCGGAUUGUACCACUUUUUUACCGGAUUGUGAAAUCCAAUGCAAUUGUAAGAUUACUCAGUUAAGCUGUGCAAUGCAGUCAGUAUAUUGUAUGUUGUCCCAAUUGACAUGAAUGAACCAUUAAAAAGGA